AUGUCCUCCCCCGCCACCCUCUUCACCCUCCCCAUCGGCCCCUGCGGCAAGCACCCCGGCGGCACCCUCACAUGCACCGAGCCGCAGCCCCAGGUCUACCUGCUGACCUGGUCCUCGCCGCCCGACAACCGCCUCACGACGCCCUUUUGCAAGACGCUCCUCGCCGCCCUCGACAUUCUCGAGUACGACGACCGCUACGCGCCCGGCGUCGUCGUCACCACCUCGGCCAUUGCCAAAAACUACUCCAACGGCUUUGACCUCGAGCACACCCUCGCCGACAAGGAUGUGUUUUUUCCCUUUUUCUACAGCCUCUGGGUCCGGUUCCUGACAUACCCAAUGCCCACCGUCGCGCUCAUGAACGGCCACGGCUACGCCGCCGGCCUCAUGCUCGCCAUGGCCCACGACUACCGCCUCGCCCCGACCCCGCGCGGCUUCUUCUGCCUCCCCGAGCUCACCUACGGCCUGCCUCUCACCCCCGCCAUGGCCGCCAUCUUCCGCCACAAGCUCUCCGCGACCGCCCUGCGCGACCUCACCCUCGAGGCCGCGCAGCUCACCGGCCAGCAGAUUGUCGACAUGGGCGUCGCCGACGCCCUCGCCGCCUCCCAGGACGACGCGUGGAGGUUCAUCGCCGAGCGCAAGCUCGCGAGCAAGGCCAAGUCGGGCGUCUACGGCACCAUCAAGGGCGAAAUCUACAAGGAUCUGAUCAAGGAGCUGCGCGGCGAGGGCCUGGUGGCCGAGAGGAUCGAGUUUGGCAAGGUGUGGUACGAGCAGUGGAAGGCGGGCAAGGCCAAGCUGUAA